AUAGCAAUGUCUUGAUAUGUGAGCAAAAGUUAUCGAAAGGAAACUCUUUUACAUGGUUUGUUCGGAUCUCUGUCAAGGUUAUUUUUUAUUUCCUUUCAACUUCAAAAACUCCCUUAAAUCAGCCUUGCUUCCCAGACUUUGGUAUAUUUUGGUUUUUUAGAGCCAUAUCUUUGCAGCUUUUCUCAGAACUCGAAACUUGCGAGAUCGAGCGUAUUCAUUGCAAUAUUUAUCUAUUCAUUAAGUUUUUCUGGAGCUAUGCUGCAUCCCCACCUGCUUCUAUCUUGUUGUAGGUGGGAAUCAGCCUCUCUACAUCGACAGAAUUAUGGUUUGCUGCGAGAAUCCGAGCCAUUGUCUUGUCUGGUAGAAUUCCUCUGAGAACAAGUCUCCAGUCUCUGCGAUCUUAGUCGUUUAUUUCUCAAAAUUUAAUGCAUGAUUGAAUGAAAUAUUUUGUCCGGGACAAAAGCUGGGUGAAGCUUUCUCAAGUCUCUCUUACUCACAGAAAGUUCUUAACUGCAUUCAGCCCAUCAAAUUCUUUGCCAUCAAAUCUGUUCUUCAAAAAGUUUUGAUACUAUAAACGAAAACCUCGUUAUAGAUGGCAAAUAAACUCUUCUUUCACUGAUGUACAAAUUUUGCUAAGGCCCAACUCGCUUUCGAUGAUGUGGGAACGUAGCCUCAUGACUGACCUUCUGAUGUCUAUGGCAGUUUUUCUGAGGGAGCUUUAUGCCCUUUAUAUUGCAUUGGUGAUUCAUUCCCGAGUUAGUAAAUUAAUUUAUGAUAAAGCAUGUUUUUAGCAUGUGCGAACUUAGAGCAAAUUUCCCCAGGAAUCCUUGUGUACAUGCUUGUCUUGUUCAAUGGACCCUUGAAACAUGUGACUACCACGUGACGACAGCAGGUAGCCUAUCUUGCUGAUCUUUGCUCUGUAAACAAUCCAAUUCAACGUUUCGGACCACAGAAAGUAGUGGUUGAAAACACGAAGGUUUUCAUUGAUUGUUCGAUUCUCUGUUCGAUUCUUCUUUUAUGACAAUAGUAUGGUUUUGUUCAUGGAGCCAUCGGAGACUACUUCGUGAUCUGCAAAGGCUCUCGUGGGUUUGUGAUGCACUUGAAGUUGGUCGGCCUUGUAACGAACUGAAAGCAAGAACGGUUGUCAUAAGGUGGAGUCACCUGCCUGGUUCAUUUGGAAGGCGUCUCAGUAGAAAUUAUACCAUGCCGCCGACAGACGAACCCGAUACUUGGGACUCAACUAAUAACGUCCAGACUGAUGCAACAUGCCAACCGGAAAAUGCAGACUCGAUAUGGAUCUUUGGAUACGGUUCGCUCAUUUGGAAGACGAAUUUCCCAUAUUCAAGAAAGAUCACUGGUUAUAUUACUGGGUUUAUGAGAAGAUUUUGGCAGGGCAGCACAGAUCAUAGAGGAGUUCCUGGAAAUCCCGGAAGAGUUGUUACUCUUAUACCAAAAGAUGAGGAAAUCACGUGGGGUAUGGCCUAUCAAGUGCUUCCUGCCUCAGUGCCAGAGGUGAUGGCGUACUUGAACCACCGUGAAAAAGGAGGCUACUCCUUGCACAGCGUAGACUUUCAUCCAAAGGAGGCUGGGCUAUUGCGGUUCCCAGUCUACGUCUAUAUCGCAACAGAGGACAAUGAAGAGUUCCUUGGUGAUGCACCCCCGGCUGAAAUAGCGAAGCAAAUAGCAACAUCAGUGGGACCAAGUGGAUACAACAGCGAAUAUUUACUUGAGCUGGCAAAAGCAGUCAGAAAGAUGGGGGUUCAAGACGAACACCUAUUUGAUUUAGAGAAGAGAGUAAGAGAGGAAUUGAUAAACAGAGUUUUUUCAACAUCUUUGAAACAAGAGGAGCAAUUUAGAAAUGCAUACUUGUCGUCCAAUAAGGCGAUAAUUCUUAAUGAUAAAGAUAUUGAUCGUCAGGAAUAACACCCCCUUCCUUUGAAUUUUUGUUUUUGGAAAGCCUGAAAUUGCUUAUUGAAUUAAAGGCAAUUUCUACUGAGUUCCUAAAAUGGUAUCCUCUUGUAAAAAAAACACAAUCGGCUCCUUUAAAAUAUAUCACCAGGAUACAAUGCCGUUACAGUUUUUGUCUUUCUAUCGGGGCUUUCCUAUUGAACAAAGAUACCUUUACCAGAUACCUUUCCAAUUGAACAAAGGCUUUUUCGAACAUAAAAACAUCAUUUCUAAAAAAUUACCUAAUGCAUAGGCUAGGCCUAAUUCCAAUAAUUUGGAACUAUCAUUAAUGUAUAUUCUUCUUAUUCCUUCUUAUCUACCCAUGUAGCUGCCUAUAUUCCCUUUCUUUAAGACUUGAAGGCUCCACUUCCUUUGUAAUUUUCUGGUGUCGUACCUCCGUGUCAUACACGGUCUUGGUCCAUGCCUCUUUUCCAGAUCAUUUUAACUUUAUUGUGUCAGCCUUUUUGUAUCAAUUAUGCUUUUAACUCGUUCGCCGCGCUAACUGUCCAAUGUUGUCUUGUCGUGUAUGUAUGUAUAGUAUUGCAAUUCCUGUCCAGCAUAGUCAUUCUAAAAUUCCAUAUACUUAAUAGGGUUUCGUUUUAUUAAUGAAUUGAUAUUUAUCCGUGUUAUUAUAAUGUGUAUUCGUCGACUAAUAUUCGUUGUAAGUUUGUGUUGUUCAUAUUUUAACGAGAAUAUUACCACAACCAAUGCGAACAAACAAUUUGGUUUGAUUUUUCUCUUGAUGUGUUGAAGAGAUUUGAAGAUGCCCGUUUCUGCAAGAUUAGUUGACAAAUCCGGAUAACUAUUACAAUAUCUAAAUUGAUUUUUUUGAACAAAAAUUUUAGGGACUCAAGUUU